CAGAUUGGGUUUCUUUUAUACGGUUUGCUCAUGUUUGUGAUUUUUAUUAUUUUGAUUUCGCCUCGCCGUCUUCAAGCGGCGCUUAUAUGUGUGUGUGUGUGCUGCACAUCCUAUAAUAGGUCCUGUGUGCCUGUUUUUCCUCAAAAAGACGUGCUUGCUGUAGGCGUAGACAAGAAUAACACGUUUGGCAUUUUUUCCCAUUUGGAGGUGCUUGAAUGUUGGCAAUAUCCAAAUCUACCUGCCAAAAACUAAAGUGUAAUUCCCUUGGACUCUAACCACCUUUUAAAAUAUAGUAGUACUUUUGCAAAGCUGGUAAGCACUUAAAGGGAACAGAAGUUUCACUUAUUUAUUGGAUGUCCUUCUGGGAUCAGCUAUGAUAAGAGUUGUGAUCUAUUUUAAUAGUUAAAGAUAAGCUUAAUAAGCUGAAUAUGAUCUUUAGUUCUUUAUUAUAGAGAACAGAUAACAUGGGGUCUUCCAACCUAACCAAUUAUAGAUGAUAGAAGAAACCGGUAGAGUCGUUAAGUCAUGUUUUUGUCCUUAAUAUUCUGGAUGUCAGUAGAUUUGAAAUAUGUACAAAUUCAUCCCCGAAAACCAGCCCGGUUAUCCUAAUUGGAGUUUUUCAGCCCUCGUCAUGAUGCGGCGCCAUCUCGCGUGCGGUGGCCGCAACUCUCGGCCGCAAAAGGACACGGACACGGUUACGGACGCGGAUGCGGAUGCGGAUGUGGACACGGACACGGACGCGAGCGUGAGCGCGGCACCGCGACCAAUAGAUUUGGCCAAGCCCAAGCGAACUGAAGACAACGAGAGUUGCAGCCCGCCAAAGGCAACAAACCCAGGACCACAUGCAACAAUCGCAGCUACUGCGACGCCGACUGCGGCUGAGACGCCGGCCGAGACUGCGACUGCGGCAGAGGCGGCGACUGGUGGAAAAAGGAAAACAGACAGAGCGGAAGCGAGCUCCGGCGACUUAUGGCCAUGUUUGUUGUACGGGUAAGUAGCAGCAGGAGCUGUGGAAAGCAGCAGCGAAAUGGCGCGCGCGAAAAGGAAACUCAAGAAGUAGAGCUCGGAAAAGCAGCAGUAACAAACACGCACACAUACACACACUCGGACAUAAAAAAGCCAAGUAAAAGCUUAUUUUUUCUUGCACAUGAAGCAAAAAAACGCCAGCAAACUGAAAGAAAUACAUUGCAGGCGUCGAGCAAAAAACGAAAUAAUAACAAAAAGUUGUAAAAGAAAAGCGAAACCGUGUGAUGUCCUGGCACAAACACACAGCUACACUCGCACACACACAGAUACGAGCAGAGCAAUAUGCCGCGACGACACAUCGAAGAAAGGAUAAAAACAUUCAGCGCUGCCAGCUUCGCAGUCGGCGUUGCUGCCUCUGCCGGCGUCGCUGCUCGAUGAUGACUGCGGAUAUAUAUCCUUCUGCUGCCACUGCCACUGCUGAACUCAGCGCCCUCCUGGCCCCGUUAACAUUUCACGAGCGCCAAUUUCUUUCCUUCAUUUUGUUUAUAUUAUUUCCCUUUUUCUUACUAGUUUUUCCCCAGCUCAGCUGAAGCCCGUUGUUUGUUUGUUACCGCUUGCUGUGCAAUUUCUCUGAAUGAUUUUCUAUUUUCCGCUGCAAUUUUCCCCCUCAAGUUAAGUUUCGUCUGUGCGGCAGGAAAAACCAUUGAAUAAUAUUCCCCUUGUUUGAUCCAAGUAGAUCAAAGAGUAAAUUGAAAGAUACUUAUAGAUCGAAGUUGAAAAGUGGGGGAUCGAAUCUUAUUAAGAACUAUUUUAGUUCUAGGAACCUGGAUAGAAGCAAACUGAACUAUAUCUAAUAGAAUAAUAAAUAAAUCUUAAAAGUAUGUUAUAGAGCUUGCCAUGAAUUAUUAUCUAUAUAUAAUUGUUCUAAUACUUAUGUAUUAUUUAAUUAAAAUGAAAAAUGUUCUUGUAUCAU